AUGGCAGCAGCUUCCUCUUCGGCGCCCUCGGGCGGCAUGGCGCAGGCGACAUUCGAGCUCAACAACGACAUUGUGCAGCUGGACGCCUCCACCUUGGACUCCAUCUUUGCAUACGACACGGAGGCGCAGCGAGCGAUCCUGCGCGCGCAACCCUGGAAGAGCGAUCCGCACUUCUUCACCAAGGUGCGCAUCUCGGCAGUGGCGCUGAUCAAGAUGGUGAUGCACGCGCGCUCCGGCGGGAUCUACGAGAUCAUGGGUCUGAUGCAGGGCAAGAUCGAUGUGGAGAACCGUACGCUGUACGUGAUGGACUCGUUUGCGCUUCCAGUCGAAGGCACCGAGACGCGCGUCAACGCGCAAAACGAAGCAUACGAGUACAUGGUGCAGUACCUCGACGACAGCAAGCAGGUGGGGAGACUCGAGAAUGUUGUUGGAUGGUACCAUAGCCAUCCCGGCUACGGCUGCUGGCUGAGUGGGAUCGAUGUCGGGACGCAACGAACGAAUCAGCAGUUCCAGGAUCCGUUUGUUGCCAUCGUCAUUGACCCGAAUCGAACAAUCUCGACAGGAAAGGUGGACAUUGGCGCUUUUCGAACGUAUCCCGAGGGAUAUGUUGCCGAGGGAGAUAAGCAGGGUGGGAUCCAGAGUGUGCCGCUGGAUAAGAUCGAGGACUUUGGUGUUCAUGCUGGCCACUACUACCCGUUGGAGGUGGAGCAUUUCAAGAGCAGUCUGGAUGCCAAAUUGGUCGAUCUGCUAUGGAACAAGUACUGGCAAAGCACGCUUGCUCAAUCUCCGCUCGUGACCAAUCGUGCAUACACCACGGAUCAGAUUCGUGAUCUGGCGGGUAAACUUGCCCAAUCCCAUCCCGGCAUCACCACCAGGUCUUCCGCCGCCUCCAACCCCUUCCCUACCCCACCAAAGACUGACGACGAUAAGCAGGUGCAAACAAGCCCCGAGAAGCUGCUCGAACAAAUGGCCAGCAAAGCCCAAUCCUCCACGCUCGCAAAUCCCGCCCACGACGCCCGCAAACUGGCCGCAGAGGCAAAUCACGCCCUCCUCACCACCUCGCUCAAAUCAGCCCUCUUCCUACCCCAAUAA